UUUUAUCCCAUCCUUGCCUUUCUCACUCCCCCCUCUCUCUGUCUGUCAUUCUUCUUCUCUCUCUCUCUGAAUCUUACAAUGCUUUCGUUAAUGUGAAGGUUUUCGACGCGACGAUGGAUCCGUUGGACGAUGAGGAUCUCCGUCAAGUCGGUUCUCGCCGGGGAUCCGAAGUGGCAUCGACGGAUACCGGAGCAUCUUCACUCUUGUCAACUGAAGACAGCCGGAGCAUCACUGGCUCCAGCGAUAUCUCGGUCAGUAGCAGCAGCAGCUCCAGUGAGAUUCCCACCGCAGUUCACGAGGAUGCACUAGUGCCGAGGCUGGUAGGUACUAGGCCUAGCGUAGGAGGAGGAGAAGAGUUGACGACAACGCUGACGGUGAGGGAGAGGUGCGUGGGGAGGAACAACAAAGGAAUGACGUGGGGAUUCACUUCGAUCAUUGGGAGACGGAGAGAGAUGGAGGAUACCGUCGCCGUUAUUCCAGGCUUUAUGUCUCGAACCUGCGGUCUUAUUGGAGGUUGUACGGCCCCCGGUUCUAGAAGCUCCGGCGAGAUCUCGCCUGUCCAUUUCUUCGGCGUCUACGACGGUCAUGGAGGCUCUCAGGUGGCCAAAUUUUGUGCUGAGCGGAUCCAUGAAGUAGUAGCAGAGGAAUGGAACAAGAUAGGAGGUGAUGGAGAUGGGUGGCGUAGGAGGUGGGAAGAUGCAUUUUGUAUUGGUUUUGAGAGGGCUGACAAUGAGGUGGUGACAGAAUCAAUAGCACCAGAAAUAGUUGGAUCCACUGCUGUAGCAGUGGCUGUAUCUGGCUGUCAGAUAAUUACCUCCAAUUGUGGUGACUCAAGAGCAGUGCUUUGUCGAGGGAGUCAAACAAUCCCUUUAACUGUGGAUCACAAGCCAGAUAGAGAUGAUGAACUAGUGAGGAUUGAAGGUGAGGGAGGGAGAGUUAUAAACUGGAAUGGUUCUAGAGUAUUUGGAGUUCUUGCCAUGUCCCGAGCUAUAGGGGAUAGGUAUUUACGACCAUGGAUUAUUCCAGUUCCUGAAGUUACUUUUACAACAAGAAGUGAAGAUGACGAGUGUUUGAUAGUGGCAAGUGAUGGGCUUUGGGAUGUGAUGUCCAAUGAUGAGGUUGGGGAGAUGGCUCGUCAAAUUUUGAGGCGGCAACGCAGGCUCCCAAUGGGUGACCGGAGUUCAUCUUCACCGGCACAAGCUGUUGCUGACCAUCUUACUGAUGUAGCAUACAGGAAAAACAGUUCUGACAACAUCUCAGUCAUUGUUGUGGACUUGAAAUCAAAGAGGAAGCGUCAGCAAAGAGAAUGAGAAGGAUAGUAGGAUUUUUCCUCCAACACCCUCUCCAUAACAGUCCAAAUUCUCUUUCAAAGCCAGGGAUACGAUAGUCAUAAGGUUUUCCUUCUUGAUGGAUGGUCUAGUGCUCCAAUGGUGAAAUCAAGGCAGAGGGCAAAAUGUGAAUGUCGUAGAAUUGCCACCUGCGGCUACAGUUGCGUUGCAUAAAGCUGCCUUUUGACAGGCCUCAGUAUUCAUUGCUUGUCCAGUUGUGGUGCCGUGGUACUGCAGCUCCCGUUGUAACAGCCAAAGUUUGGUCUGUUAGUAUAAUACACUAGAUCAAUCCUUAAUUUUACCUGGUUUGAUCCUGGAGAAAAGUAAGAUGGUGCACCAUUUGUUUACAGGAAAGAAAGGAUAUGUUUCUUUUUUUCUUUCUGGUCCAACUUCCGUCUCAUGCCUAGCCUUCAUUCCUACAGGCUGUUUUCCCAUAAAAUGGACAUCAGAUUUUUUGGACCGAAAGAUUUCAGCUAUUAUUCCUGCCUCUUGCAUAUCGUUUUCACUUUUCACUCA